GUGGGAGGACCCGGAUGUGGCUGGAUCCCAACAUGGCGGCGGCGGCGGCGGCCGACAGUUUGAGCGGAGGAGCCGGAACGCGGAGCUGAGGCAGGAAAGUUUUCCCUCGGCGGAAGGAGCACAGCCCGGGCCAUGUUCUCCAAGAAGAAGAAGCGCGUGGAGAUCUCGGCGCCGUCCAACUUCGAGCACCGGGUGCACACGGGCUACGACCCCUCGGAGCAGCGCUUCACGGGGCUGCCCCGCCAGUGGCAGGGGCUGCUCGAGGAGUCGGCCCGGCGCCCCAAGCCCCUCGUGGACCCCGCCUGCAUCACCGCCAUCCGCGGGGCCCACAAGGCCGAUCACGCCGCGGGACGCCCUCAGGAGGGGCCCCCCAACGGGCCGCUCCCCGCCUCGGCAGGAGCCCCCCAAGCCCCCAAAGCCCCGGCGCCUCCUCCUCCUCCUCCUCCUGCUCCUCCUGCCCCGCCGGAGCCCCCGGCCCCGCGCGGCCCCGGCCCCGCCGCCGUGCCGCAGCGCGUGUCCCACGAGCAGUUCCGGGCGGCGCUGCAGAUGGUGGUGGACCCCGGGGACCCCCGCUCGUACCUGGACAACUUCAUCAAGAUCGGCGAGGGCUCCACGGGCGUGGUGUGCAUCGCCACCGUGCGCGGCUCCGGGCAGCUUGUGGCCGUCAAGAAGAUGGACCUGCGCAAGCAGCAGCGGAGGGAGCUGCUCUUCAACGAGGUGGUGAUCAUGAGGGACCACCAGCACGAGAACGUGGUGCAGAUGUACAACAGUUACCUGGUGGGCGACGAGCUCUGGGUGGUGAUGGAGUUCCUGGAGGGCGGCGCCCUGACCGACAUCGUCACCCACACCAGGAUGUCGGAGGAGCAGAUCGCCGCCGUGUGCCGCUCGGUGCUGCGCGCGCUCGCCGUGCUGCACGCCCAGGGCGUCAUCCACCGCGACAUCAAGAGCGACUCCAUCCUCCUCACGCACGACGGACGGGUGAAACUCUCGGAUUUUGGGUUCUGUGCCCAAGUGAACAAGGACGUGCCGCGGCGCAAGUCCCUGGUGGGGACCCCGUACUGGAUGGCCCCCGAGCUCAUCUCGCGCCUGCCCUACGGCCCAGAGGUGGACAUCUGGUCCCUGGGGGUGAUGGUCAUCGAGAUGGUGGACGGGGAGCCCCCCUAUUUCAACGAGCCCCCCCUCAAAGCCAUGAAGCUGAUCCGGGACAACCUCCCCCCCCGGCUCAAGAACGGCCACAAGGUGUCCCCGUCGCUGAAGGGGUUCCUGGAGCGGAUGCUGGUGCGGGACCCCGCGCAGCGCGCCAGCGCCCCCGAGCUGCUCCGCCACCCCUUCCUGGGCGUGGCCGGGCCCCCCGCCUGCAUCGUGCCCCUGAUGCGGCAGCACCGGCUGCGCUGAGGGACCCCCGGCACGGGGAGAGACCCCCGGCAAUGGGGGAGAGACCCCCGGCAAUGGGGACAGACCUACGGCACGG